CUCCGCCAGCCCGUGCCACCGCUGCUAAUGAGAGCGGUCAUUAAGUAAAUGAGACAUCGCCUUUAGCUGGCUUAGGAGUUCGCACACUAAGGGGAGAAGAUAUUUAAUUGAAACCCGCACACAGGCUUCCCCACAUGUGACUGCUGUGAGCGAGGCAGCUGCCUUUCCUCUCCUCCCCCCCCCACCCCCGCCCGGUCCACCCUGCACCCCCCAUGUAAAUUUCAUGAUUGCUUUCCGUGAUGUCAUUUUGAAAGAGGACAGACAAUAGCUGUGGGGAAAGAAAAUGAGUUCCGGGGUGAGCUGCUGAAUCAGAGGUGGACACACGGAGGCAAGGCCAGCAGCUGCAGGACCUCGAGGUAUAUCCUGGGCAGACACAGCAAGAUGAGCUUAGAAAAUGAGGAUAAGCGAGCUCGCACCCGAUCCAAGGCCCUCCGAGGACCCCCGGAGACCACAGCUGCAGACCUCAGCUGCCCCACCCCAGGGUGCACGGGCUCAGGACAUGUUCGGGGCAAGUACUCCAGGCAUCGAAGCUUGCAGAGCUGUCCCCUGGCCAAGAAGAGGAAGCUGGAGUGUGCUGGGGCCGAGCACCUGGUGUCCAAGAGGAAGUCGCAUCCCCUGAAGCUGGCUCUGGACGAGGGCUAUGGUGUGGACAGCGACGGCAGUGAGGACGCUGAGGUGAAGGAGGCCUCUGUUUCAGAUGAAUCGGAAGGAACUUUGGAGGGGGCCGAGGCUGAGAUGUCGGGACAGGAGGAGAUUCAUCACCCCGAGCCAGCUGAAGGAAGGAGCCCCAUCAAGUUCCAUUUUGGAUCCAACCCCAUCAGCAGCCCCACUGGCUCCUCCAAGGGCAGCUAUGGCAGCUACCAGGGAAUCAUUGCAACUUCUCUCCUAAACUUGGGACAAAUUGCUGAAGAGACCCUGGUGGGGGAGGACUUGGGUCAGGCAGCCAAACCCAACCCUGGCAUCGUGCACCUGCUUCAGGAGGAGGCUGCUGAGGGAGCCACCAGCGACGAGGGCGAAAAGGAACUCUUUAUCCAGCCAGAGGACGCAGAGGAGGUCGUCGAGGUCACCAGCGAGCGUUCCCAGGAGCUGUGUCCCCAGUCCCUGGAGGAUGCAGCCAGUGAGGAGUCCAGCAAACAGAAAGGCAUCCUGGGCCACGAGGAGGAGGAUGAGGAGGAUGAGGAGGAUGAGGAGGAUGAGGAGGAGGAGGAGGAAGAAGAGGAAGAGGAGGAAGAGGAGGAGGAGGAAGAGGAAGAGGAGGAAGAUGAGGAGGAGGAAGAGGAGGGGGAGGAGGCUGCUCCUGAUGUGAUCUUUGAAGAGGAUGCCUCCCAUUCAUCUGCCCAGAAGGCUCCUGAGCUCCGGCGCCCAGAGCCACCCAGUCCCAAGCCUGAGUACUCUGUCAUUGUAGAGGUCCGCUCGGAUGAUGACAAGGACGAGGAUGCACGCUCCCAGAAGUCAGCAGUCACGGACGAGUCGGAGAUGCAUGACAUGAUGACCCGGGGAAACCUGGGUCUCCUGGAGCAGGCCAUUGCCCUGAAGGCCGAGCAGGUGCGCACAGUCUGCGAGCCAGGCUGCCCACCUGCAGAGCAGGGCCCGCUGGGCCUGGGUGAGCCAGGGAAGGCUGCGAAGUCCCUGGACACUGUGCGGAAGAGCUAUUACAGUAAAGAUCCUUCAAGAGCUGAGAAGCGUGAAAUCAAGUGUCCAACACCAGGCUGCGAUGGCACUGGCCAUGUCACUGGGUUGUAUCCUCACCACCGCAGCCUGUCUGGCUGUCCCCACAAGGACAGGAUCCCCCCGGAGAUCCUGGCCAUGCAUGAGAACGUGCUGAAGUGCCCCACUCCUGGCUGCACGGGCCAGGGUCACGUGAAUAGCAACCGCAACACACACAGAAGUUUGUCUGGGUGUCCCAUUGCUGCUGCCGAAAAAUUAGCCAAAUCUCAUGAAAAGCAGCAGCCACAGGCAGGAGACACUUCCAAGAACAGCUCCAACUCAGACCGGAUCCUCAGGCCUAUGUGCUUCGUGAAGCAGCUCGAGGUCCCUCCGUAUGGGAGCUACCGGCCCAAUGUGGCCCCCGCCACACCCAGGGCCAACUUGGCCAAGGAGCUGGAGAAGUUCUCCAAGGUCACCUUUGACUACGCAAGUUUCGAUGCUCAGGUUUUUGGCAAACGCAUGCUUGCCCCAAAGAUUCAGACCAGCGAAACCUCACCUAAAGCCUUUCAAUGCUUCGACUACUCACACGACGCCGAGGCUGCACACAUGGCCGCCACUGCCAUCCUGAACCUUUCCACACGCUGCUGGGAGAUGCCGGAGAACCUCAGUACGAAGCCACAAGACCUCCCGAACAAGUCUGUGGACAUCGAGGUGGAUGAAAAUGGAACCCUGGACUUGAGCAUGCACAAACACCGCAGGCGGGAGAGCACAUUCCCUGGUGGCAGCAGCUGCAGCAGCAGCCCUGGUGUGAAGUCUCCCGAUGUCUCCCAGCGCCAGAGCAGCGCCAGCGCCCCCAGCAGCUCCAUGACCUCCCCCCAGUCCAGCCAGGCUUCCCGCCAGGACGAGUGGGAUCGGCCUCUGGACUACACCAAGCCUAGCCGCCUGAGAGAGGAGGAGCCUGAGGAGUCAGAGCCAGCAGCCCAUUCUUUUGCUUCUUCUGAAGCAGAUGACCAGGAAGUGUCGGAAGAGAAUUUUGAGGAGCGGAAGUACCCGGGGGAAGUCACCCUGACCAACUUUAAGCUGAAGUUUCUCUCCAAGGACAUAAAGAAGGAGCUGCUCACCUGCCCCACCCCCGGCUGUGACGGCAGUGGCCACAUCACCGGGAAUUAUGCCUCCCACCGCAGCCUCUCUGGUUGCCCUCUUGCUGACAAGAGCCUCAGAAACCUCAUGGCUGCCCACUCUGCUGACCUCAAGUGCCCCACGCCUGGCUGUGAUGGCUCUGGCCAUAUCACAGGGAACUACGCUUCGCACCGGAGCUUGUCUGGCUGCCCUCGUGCCAAGAAAAGUGGAGUCAAGGUGGCACCUGCCAAGGACGACAAGGAGGACCCGGAGCUGAUGAAAUGCCCAGUUCCAGGCUGUGUGGGACUUGGUCACAUCAGUGGAAAAUAUGCCUCUCACAGAAGUGCAUCUGGCUGCCCACUGGCUGCCCGGAGGCAGAAAGAAGGUUCCCUCAAUGGCUCCUCAUUGUCCUGGAAGUCACUGAAGAAUGAGGGGCCAACCUGCCCCACCCCAGGCUGUGAUGGCUCUGGUCAUGCCAAUGGGAGUUUCCUUACCCACCGAAGUUUGUCAGGCUGUCCCAGAGCAACAUUUGCUGGAAAGAAGGGAAAACUCUCAGGGGAUGAGGUUCUCAACCCAAAGUUCAAGACCAGUGAUGUGCUGGAGAAUGAUGAGGAGAUCAAGCAGCUGAACCAGGAGAUCCGGGAUCUGAACGAGUCCAACUCGGAGAUGGAGGCCGCCAUGGUGCAGCUGCAGUCCCAGAUCUCCUCCAUGGAGAAGAACUUGAAGAACAUCGAGGAGGAGAAUAAGCUCAUCGAGGAACAGAAUGAAGCCCUGUUUCUGGAGCUGUCCGGCCUGAGCCAGGCCCUCAUCCAAAGUCUUGCCAAUAUCCGCCUUCCGCACAUGGAGCCAAUAUGCGAACAGAAUUUUGACGCCUAUGUGAGCACCCUCACCGACAUGUAUUCCAACCAGGAGUGCUACCAGAACCCUGAGAACAAGGAUCUCUUGGAGAGCAUCAAGCAGGCUGUGAGGGGCAUCCAGGUCUAGGCCGCGUGGUCCUGAGGAGUGCCCAGCCCAAUGCAUCAUUUACCUCCCUCGCCCUGCCCCGCAUGAGGGGAUUCCCAGCUCACAGUGACUUCCUGUUCGCAGCCUGGUGUGGCCUCGGCGGGUUUAUCCAAAGGGGUGCCUGGAAAUCAGUGUCUCCCAUGAUGCCCCCCCGCUAGGCUUGGGGCUGAGACCGCCCCAUGCGAGUGCACGGGGGCACUGAAGUAUUACAAAGUGAUUUAUUUUUGUUUUCUGAAAGAAAUCUGAAGAGCAGCUCAAAGUCUCCAGCGGAAGCUCAUGGACAAGGUUCUCAGGGAAGUUUUGGAGUUUGCAACCACAGUAUUCCUUUGUCUGUCGAGGCUGGGAGGGUAGUGUGGGCACGGUGCGGUGGGCAGGUGGAGCGACUGGUGGUGUCUCAGCCUGGAGGACGUGCCCAGGCAGCGUGUCUGUGCUCAGUGAGGGCCCCUGCGGCAAGUGUGUUUUCUGUUUUGGUUUAAUUCCGUUUUGUGUUAAGGAUGGAACAAAACUCUGUUCUAGAGGGAAAAUUAAGAAUAGGCCUUCCAGAAGGCCACUCCAGACAGUUGACAAGUGUCACAGACCAUAGUCAGUUCAAGGAAUUUUAGCCUGGGAAGCCCCUGGAAAUCAGCCUCAUGUCUGGGGGUGGCUGGUGACCUGAGGCUGUGCAGACUAGUGUGGCCUUAGGUCACACCUCCCUCUUUGGACGGCAGGCUUUAGACCCUGGGUCUGGGCUCUAAGUCCAGGGACCACCGGGCCAGGCCUCUAGCUUCUGUGCAUCCACCCAGGCCCCUGACCUAUCACUGCCACAUUACCCAGGUCACGACUGGGCUUGGUCUCUGUGUCCAAGGUGAUGGAGGUGGAGAUAACGUCAUUGGGGUCGGGGGUAAAUUCCUUCACCAAGGUUUUACUUCUUUUUAGAUACAUUCAAGAUGGGGGAAAAAGGUAAACUUUAAUUUAAUGUGUUAAAAACACAAUGUUCCUACUGUGUAAAUAGAGUCCAAGUUGACUGUGACUGCGAUUCCAAGCUAGUAUUUAAAAGUAGAGAAAUUGCACUUCCUGGAAGAAAUUAAAAAGUAGUUAGUUUAAUUAUUCUGUAAAUUAUUUAAUUUUGUCAAGAUGUAAGUAUUUAUAUUUACAACCUCUUAUGUUAAUGUUUGCUAUUUAUUUAACAUUUUUAUUUAUUAAUUUUAUACUAUUUCAACUAGACCCCACACCAGGGCACCAUAAGAGGGACAAAAAGUGAAAUCAAAGCAAAAAGAACUAUUUGACUAUAAUAUAGGCCACAACAAAUCUUGAUAUAACUUCUAGUUAUAAUUUUGAUGCAACCAAGUUAUUUUUUAUAUAUUUUGUUAUUUAUUCUUUUAAUAAUGGAAUUUUUAAAAAAGUAUUUUGUAACUGAGGAAUUUUGAUAAUUUGGGUUUUUUUCCCCUUGGUACAAUGGAGAGAAAGACAUCUGAUUUUCCUUUCCCUUUCUGGGUUCCUUUUGUUUCAGGCAGGAAUAACAGCAAAUGGAAUUCUGUAUUUAUUAUUAUUUAAGUGUAGCGCAGAUGUGUGUGCUCAGGCGUGUUUCUCGUGUUGCGUUUGUGUGUCGGCUCUUACGGCGGAAGCCUGUUGCUGUGAGGGAGUGCUGGCCACAGGCAGCCUCGAGUGGUCGUGGGACUCACAGGCUGUGCUACCCAUCCCUCUGACAGCUCCGAUACUGUGACUUUCCUUCCUCAGGAAACUCGUUGAACCCACAGCACUUCAUGGUGUGUUUUCAGGGUGAUUUCCUAAUAAAAGUCCACUCUGACUGUGA